AUGAACGCUCCAAUGCAGCCCGCCUACGGUCGUGGCUUCCCGCAGCCCGCCCAACGAUCUCCUGCCACGCCACGUCGCGGACCGCCAGCUCCAGGUCCUGGCAUGCCGGUUCCUAUGCAACAACACCCCGUGGCACCUCAGUAUAUGCCCCCGCAGCGCAACAUGGCCCAUCCCAACGACGCCGCUUUACGCCGGAGUCGCAAGCCCACCGACAAGAACAUCCCCGAUGGGAUUGACGAAGUGGUUGUCGGGGAAGGUGUGCAGCAGUACAAGAGCCUGCGGGAUCUCGAGAAGCGCCUGGAUGCCGCAAUCGUCCGCAAGAGGCUGGACAUCCAGGAUUCCAUCAGCAAAACCGUGAAAAAGUACCGGACCCUGCGCAUCUGGAUAUCGAACACGGCCGAACUGCAGCCCUGGCAAGGUGCCAGCGAUGCGAAUGGAUUGGAUCCAGGGAGUAACCCCGGCUCGGGACGGUACAAGGUCCGUAUCGAGGGACGCCUGCUGGAUGAUGAGAACGACCCCACGGCGGCCGAAGACAGCGAGGACGACGGUGGGGAGGCGCAAGCCAACGGGGAUGAUCCGAUGGAGCACGAUGGUACUACAGAGACCAAGAAGUCGUGUGACCCCAAACGCCCAAAGCAGCGCUUUUCGCAUUUUUUCAAAACUAUCACUGUCGACUUUGACAAGGCUUCCACCGUCCAGCCGGAGGAGGUCAAGCCGGUCAGCUGGACCAAGCCUCAGUUGCCGGUCAAUGCAGUUUCGCUUCCCCCCUCCGCUGAUUUUGACUCUCUUCAAUUCUCUCGAGCGUCGCAGGAAAACUUGAACAUUACCAUUAGCCUUGUUCGAGAUGAGACUCCUGAACGUUACAAGCUUAGCAGGGAGCUGGCCGAGGUCCUGGACGUGGAGGAAGAGACUCGAAGUGGGAUCGUCCUGGGCAUCUGGGACUAUAUUCGUGCGAUGGGUCUGCAAGAAGAUGAGGAGAAGCGUCUGGUCCGCUGUGACCAUCGUCUUCGAUCGAUCUUUGGUAGAGAGCAGAUGUUCUUCCCGCACAUCCCCGAGAGCAUUGGACCUCACACUAGCCCUCUGGAUCCCGUCAAACUCCCGUACACCAUCCGUGUCGACGAGGAAUUCCACAGAAACCCCGCUCCUACCGUUUACGAUAUCCAGGUGGCGGUGGAGGAUCCUCUCCGCGCGAAGAUGCUGGCCUUGACACAAAACCCUCAGUAUUCAUCGGCCAUGCGACAGAUCACCGCCCUGGAUGAUCAGGUGUCGUUGAUUGUCCAGGCAUUGACGCACUCGCGCGCCAGACAUUCCUUCUACACGGCACUGAGCAACGACCCUGCGACGUUUGUGCGACGCUGGAUCAAUUCACAGCGUAGGGACCUCGAGACGAUCCUGGGCGAGGCCACGCGCGGCGGCGGUGAAGACGGUAGUGGACCCGAGUUCCGCCGUGGAGGAAGCGAGGGUGUUUGGGACACGCCCGUGGCCCGGGAAGCUGUACGAUAUAUGCUCGCCAAACCAGAGGCGGCGAUGGGACGGUAA